UCGCAGACAUCCAGACAUCGGAAGCAAUAGUAAGUCUAGAAGUGAUUGAAUCGAUAGACAAGUGGUUUAAGUCAUGGAUUCGUUGACGCCAUCGGUAGUGAAUCCGUUGGAUGUGUUGAACGGCACGAAAUGCGAUGGCAUUGAGUUGACUAAAGACCUGUUCACUCACCACAAGAUGUCGAUCGUCGACCACAACACCGAACGCCUUCACACGUAUCUCCGCAUCCGAUCGGUUCCCAACUUAGACACCGACGACAGACAACAGUGCUAUCAAGUGAUGGACAACAACACUCUUGAGGUGAUUCCGCCGAAGGGCUCCAAUGCGUCCAAAUAUGGAUCCGAUUCGGCCGACAGAAAGCGCUUUAAGUUCUCGCAAAUAAUGGACGAAUCGGUGGAUCAGAUGGCGGUCUACGAGACGUGCGGACUGCCGGUCGUGAAGCGCUUCCUCGGCGGACAGAACGGCCUACUGUUCGCGUAUGGGAUCACCUCUUCUGGCAAGUCGUACACAAUGCAGGGCUCGCCCGUCAAUCCCGGCAUUAUUCCCAGAGCUCUCAACACUGUGUUUGAAGUGAUUGGACACAAACUCGACAAAGAGUUACCGCUUUUGAAGCCAAACACAUUCACCGAAUGCCAGGCGUUGAGUGAAUCGGAUCGCGAACUCGAAGACGGCAUCCGUCGGUGUGUUUUCGACGAAACGGACAGAAGCUAUAAAAGUGCGAUGAAUUCGUUUCGGUCCCAGAUUUCGGUCAUCGAAAGCAGUGACAGCACUGCUCUUUGGACGGAUGUCUUGCACUCCACUUUCAGAAGCGACGGAUCAAACAUUCGGUGUUCGGUUUGGAUCUCAUUCUACGAGAUAUACAAAGACUUUAUCUACGAUUUGCUCGACAUCUCUAUCGACGGCGAGAAGAAGUCUAAGAUCGCGCUCUUGAAGGACAGAUCGGCCAACCAUUACGUGAAAGGGUUGCGACAAAUCUGCGUCACGUCUGCCGAAGAGGCCUAUAAAGUGCUGCUUUUUGGACAAAACAAUCUUCACGUUUCGUCCACUAAUCUAAACAAGAAUUCGAGUCGAAGUCACUGCGCGUUCACCAUAUCAUUGGUGACCACUUUUGGCAACAGCUGUGGCCCUAAGAGACCGCCGCAUCUCAAUCAUUUAUCGAUAUGUGAUUUAGCGGGCGCUGAGCGCAGCGAUAAGGCCAACAGUACGGGUGACCGCCUAAGAGAGGCCGGAAAGAUCAACGAAUCACUCUUCUCUCUCAGCCGUUGCAUCGCUUCCCUCCGACACAACCAGAAGUUUGAACACGACCCAUCGAAGAGACAUUUAGUCAAUUUCACCACGAAGUUAACCAAAGUAUUCCAACCAUAUCUGUCGGGCAGUGGUAGCGCUGCUAUGAUCUCAAACAUGAAUCCGUCGCCAAACCUCUUCGACGAGACCUUUUUUGCCCUCAAGUUUACAGGAGUUGCCGCACAAGUAGUGGUCAGUUAUGAAGAGCAACGCAACAAAUUCCAGGAUUCGCUCAAACGGUUGACUCAAGUAUGGAUGCAGUCAUCGCAGCGGUGGUCCAACUUCGCUGAUCUCAAGCAGAAGCCAUCGAUUUCUAUAAUACAGACCAUUCAUGAAGAAGACGAAGACGAGGCCGAUGUGAGUGUCGCUCAAAUGGAGCUCAGAAUCAACGAAAUGACUCGAUUAGACUUGAGUCGAGCCGAUCCCGAAGAGCUAGAAGUGUUGAGAUCGCAAAUAGACUUUUUGGCCGAUAAGUUGAAACAAUCGGAGAUUGAAAAGACAGAAAUGGAAGUAAUCGUUAGGAGACAAGUGGCCAAUGAAUUCAACGAAAUGGUUAAGGAAUCGGUUGAUAUGUCCGACGACAGGGACAGAGCGAAGAAGAAUCUGGAAGUAAUGAUGACUAACCGACUCCUGAAGGCCGAAGAUAUGCGUAAACAGGAGAAACUGGAGUUUGAGAACAAAUUGAGUAAAUUAGAGACCGAGAACUUCGAGCUUCGCGAAGAGAACUGUCGCGCAAAAGAGGAGAAGGAGAGAGCGCUCAUUGAAGCGGAACUCGUUAAUAGAGUCCUCGAAGAUAAAGAACAGCUCAUCCAAGAGAAAGACGAGAUCAUCGAAGUUAAGGAACAACUCAUUAAAGAACUCGAGUCUAAAAUAGUGCCAAUUAGUGAAAUGAAGAGCUUUCAAGACAUGAGCACAUCUCCAAUCAAAUGGCAGUUUACAGACGCCUCUACUUCUGUUCUAAACACUGAAUUAAAUGAUAUGAACUGUUCGGCUGUUAAUACGAUUGAAUUGAAGGACACAAACACUUCGGCCAUGGAAUGGGAAGAAGAGUCGAACUCUAAUAUAAGCAACAAAUCUAUAGGAGUCGGCAAUUCAUUUGUGGAUCGCGUCGACAAUCAGACAUCAACUCAUAAUUUGAUACAAACUGUCGAACAAUUGACAAACUAUUCAUUUGAAUGCAACAAUAACUCCAUUUGUGUUGAAACAAAUGUCUCGAUUUCAACUGAGGAUAAGGAGACCGAAACAGAGUUUGAUGUGACCAUUAAAGAAGAGCAAUGUUUGGCAACACACGCACAGUCUUCAGAAGCGGCCACUUCUCCAAUAACUUGUUCACAACACAACAGUUUGAAAGAGGAAUGCGUUUCCGAACAACAAAAUGAAUUAUUAAUGAAAUUGAAUCAAUACGAGAAAGAGAUGAAAGAGAAGGACCACAUGAUUGAGUUUAACCGUAGAGUCGCCGCUGAAAGAGAUCAAGAGCUCAAAGCUCUCAAAGAAGAGAAUCUAAAACUAAAUGAGAAAAUGAAUGGCGGCUUCUAUUUGGGACAACUAUUAAAUCAUCCCAUGAAGAGUAGCUCAACCGCCGCCUCCAUAGCGUCGUCCGUUUCCAGCAUUACUACCAAAUCAAUGAAAUCCGAAGACUUGAACUCUGUUUCCAGCGUUGAGUCCAUUCCAGAGAAGCCAAAGAAGACCGCAAAAUACUCGUCGCGUAAGAGAAAACCUAAUCUCAACUCUUCAAUGGAUAAGCGCUACUUGAAGUCAGUCGACAGCAAUCUUGAUACCUCUGUUGAAGUGAAAUCAUCGCAGUCUUCGGUGACGUCAAUGGAUGCGCGCAACGACGAGAUCGGAGAAAUUGGUUAUUCCAACAAAAAGUCGAACAAAACUUCCAAUAAAGACAACAAAAAAGCCCCCAAAAGGAAACAAACGAGCGGAAAGAGUGACGCGUUCGAAAGCCAAAAGAUCAAUUAAAUUCCCAAGAGAAUAGUUUUUUAAUCGUAUUUUUUAUUUUAGAGAUAAUCCAUAUUUGUAUUGAAAAGAUUAUGUAAAUAAUGACAUUUUUUAAAUAAAACAUUUUAUUGCUUUUAA